CGCAGCCCCGGCCGGCUCCAGAGCAGCAUCGUUCCUCUCGCCGGGAUCCGGAGCCACCGCUCACACGGGACGCCCGGCCCCAGGCCCAGGGAGAUCCAGCCCAUGGCUCACCCGAUGCUGCUGCUGGUCUGGCUGGCCGUGGGGCUGGCUCUGGCCCAGGGGCAGACGUACCAGGCUUUCAAGCGGAAGCACAUCAAUUACCCCCGCACCCCGGUCACUCCCUACUGCAACCGGAUGAUGCAGCGCCGGGGCAUGACCACGCCGGUCUGCAAGGUCCUCAACACCUUCAUCAUUGCCAACGAUACUAACGUCAAAAAAGUCUGCAACUCCGAGGGGAUCCCAGUGCCAGACACGAACCUGUGGACCAGCACCCAAACCUUCACCCUCGUCAACUGCCGCCUGAGGGGCGCCGCGCACCGUCCACCCCCCAGCCACAAUAAGAUCCGCAUCGCCUGCAAGCAAGGGCUCCCUGUGCACUUUGAAAAAAUAAUUCCGUAA